GCAAAACGCACAAAGACACCAACACCUCCCGAGUGCGGAUCGAGGAGUAAACCGGUCGCGGUUCUCCCGCAACCAUGGAUAACCAUUCACUACGCUCAAAGGCCUCAUCGGCCACGCUAGUGUCCCUCUUAGAGCUCGACCCUACGCCUAUGGACUCCCCCAACGUCGACAAGGACCUCCCACCGCUACCAGGCCAGGAAGACGGAAAACUCUCGGACUCGACCACCUCCCUCAAGUCCCCUACGACCUCGACUAGCCUUGGGUUAAGUGGCAGUGGUCAUGGCCCAAUCUACUACCUAACCCGCAUCCAGCGCUACUCCUCCUACACCUUCACUCUCUUCGGCGCCCUCCACCUCGCAACAACCUCCAUCAUCCCGCUCGCCGCACAAUCCGUCCCAGCCUCCGAGUCCUACCUCCUCCUCGCGCGCGAGAUCUACCAAACCCCGCUCUCCGAACCCCUCCUCGUCGCCCUCCCGGUCCUCGCCCACGUCGGCUCGGGCGCCGCCAUCCGCCUGCUGCGGCGCUCCCACAACCGCCGGCGCUACUACGGCGAGCACCCCCCACCCGACACCCACACGGCCGCGGCCGCCACGGCGCCGGGGUACUGCUUCGGGUGGCCGGCGUUCAGCUACGUGGCGGCGUCGGGGUACGUGUUCGCGGGCGUGCUGGCGGCGCACAUGGUUGUCAACCGCGGCCUGCCGCUGGCCGUCGAGGGCGACAGCGCCAACAUCGGCCUCGCCUACGUCGCCCACGGCUUCGUCCGCCACCGCUACGUCUCGUGGCUCGCCUACGCCGUCCUGCUGCCCGCGGGCUGUGGCCACAUGGUCUGGGGCUGGGCCAAGUGGGUCGGUCUCGCGCAGACGGCGGGCUGGGUGCCCGAGCGCCCCACGGGGAAUGCGGUGGUGGACCGCGCGAGCAGGAAGAAGAGGAGGAGGCGUCUGUUGGUGAUUAAUGGGGUGGCCGCUGCUGCCACGGCGCUGUGGGCGGCGGGCGGGCUGGGUAUUGUUGCGAGGGGCGGCGAGACGAUGGGGUGGGUGGGGAAGCUGUAUGAUGGGCUAUAUGAGAAGGUGCCGGGGUUUUAG